CGUGCCUCGGCUUCUCUCUGGUUCUCUUCUCGCCGCAGUCACAUGACUAUACUUCCUGAUUCCAGCCUACUUGCGAUAAAUCUCACCGCUAUCGUUCCUGCAAGGAAAUUGAAAUUCAGAGGGUAGGCCGAAAUUAAACGAACCUUUCAAAGACGACGCAAUGCAGCCUAGAGGACUCCAAAACACCAGGCACUAUAAAUGAGGGUAAAUGAAGGAAAGGUUGGCUACGUGGCUUUCCAGCUAGCGAGCAACCUAGCGAUAGCUAAUUUGAUUUAAGCGUAACGUACACCCGCUAGCCUAGCUGUCUUUUAGCUAAUAUAGCUGUCUAGCUAGCUUUUAGCCGUUGUGCUAACAGCUGUCGUUUACAGUUUUAGUGAUUGAUUUUAUCGGGUGGAGUAAUAGUCCAGCCACAAAAAAACAACAAACCAGCUCAGUUACGAUUAUAAGCGAUUUGAACAGCCACACUAGACAUAGGUAACAUUCUAUUUGACAGUGUUACUGAUUAAACACAGACAUCCACAUUCUCAGGGGCUUUUGAAAGGCUGAUAGCUUUCAAGCUAACUAGUUAGCCAACAUCCUGAAGACGUUUUUUUACUUGUCACAACCAACAAUAAGGAAUCAUGUCAAAGUACACCAGUUUUCCUGAACCGAACGAAGAUCAGAAUCCAUUCCAGGACCCGUCUGUCACCCAGCACAGCAGCAAUACGGGCUAUGCCACACUGGACCUGUACAACCCCUUUGACAACAAGACAUUGCAGCCGCCUCCUCCCUAUGAGGCCACUGUGCCUACGGCCCCUCCGACAGCUCAAACCCCACCCAGUCGGACGACGCCCACUGAACCACGCAACUAUGGUUCCUACAGCAAUCAGAACGAGGAUAAUUCUACCUCGGGCUCAUAUGUCCCUCCUAUUCUGCAAUCAACAGACAGCCCACUCUCUGGAGAUACUCAAACUGCAGUGAGUGCCACCACAGCAGAACUGCUGAAGAAGCAAGAGGAGCUGGAGAGGAGAGCUCGAGAGCUGGAGAGGCGAGAGAGGGAGCUAGAUGCACAUGCCCUAGGACCUGGAGCUGCUCGUCAGAAUAACUGGCCCCCCCUUCCCUCGUUCUGCCCAGUGGGGCCCUGUUUCUACCAGGACAUCAAUGUGGAGAUCAGCCAGAACUUCCAGCGCACCGUCACCAUCAUGUACUACUACUGGAUGUUCACGGCCUGCACUCUGCUGUUUAACCUGAUCUCCGCCCUGGCCAACUUCUGUGUGAACCAGGGCGAAGGCGUGGGUUUUGGCCUGGCGAUCCUCUGGUUCCUCCUCUUCACCCCCUGCUCCUGGGUCUGUUGGUACAGGCCUGUGUACAAAGCCUUCAGGAGUGACAGCUCUUUCAAUUUCUUCGCCUUCUUCUUCGUGUUCUUUGCUCAAGUGGUCUUCUACGUCAUUAUGACCAUUGGCAUCCCUGGCUGGGGCUUCAGUGGAUGGAUUGUGAGUCUGGCUGCUCUGAAAAGCAGUGUUGCUGUCGGCGUGAUCAUGAUGCUGAACGCUGUUGUCUUCACUGCCCAGGCAGCCAUGGGAGUGGUGAUGUUGAAGAGGGUGCACUCCCUGUACAGGCAGACCGGAGCCAGCUUCGAGAAGGCCCAGGCUGAGUUUGCCACUGGUGUGCUUUCCAAUCAGACAGUGAGGCAGGCAGCUGCCAGUGCUACUACCUCUGCUGCCCAGGGGGCCUUCACUGGGGCUCGAUAAAGAGGUUUGGCGAGAGGGGGUCUGGGUUAUCUGGGAUGACUAGUCCAGGCUGGACAAGUCCUCAGAAACAGGGGCCUCAGUUGUAUCGGGACAAACAUUUGUGCAAGGUAGAUUUCCUGCGUUUAUGUCAAUGCAUUAAAAAAAAAAAAAAAAAUAGUCGGUUAUUGGGCAGUGAGAGUAGUUCGUGUUCCCCCGUAAUUUACCCACAUGUUUUGAAAAAAAAAAAAAAAUGUAGAUAAACACUUACAGCUCUGUUUGCAUGGAUACACUUUAGCGCCAGAAAAUGAUGUCAUCAGUUAUUAGCGUCCUGGGGUUGGGGGAGGCAGGACUGUACCAAGUAACCUACUAGGGAGAUGGGGAGGGGGGGGGGGUUGUAUGUGAGAAAGCAUCAAAAUCAAAGACCCACAGGUGGUCUGGUAAGACACUACUGAGAAGUAGAUCACAUGUAGGAUGCCAAUGCUAUGGUGGUUUCCCUUUGCUGCCAAUGUGCAAGUGUCUCUUUCCUCAUCACAGUCGCACCUGCCAGGUUGUCACAGCCCGAUGAUAAUUCAAAGCCGCACCCCCCAAAACUGAGUUCAAUGGAGAUGUGAGAAGUUGCUUUGAGCUUUUGCUGUUUUUUUUUCUUUUUUUUCUUUUUUUUUUUCUUGUCAUUAUGGUUUCCUUAUCUGAAGAGGCACUGGUGACUCUCUUGUGCUCUUCUGCUCCCAGUGUUCUCCUUUUGCUUUACUUGGCUGCUGUGAUCAGUCAGGCCCUUUCAGUAACCAACAGCAACACCCUAAGCAUCGCUCCUCACAUAAUAAUAUGUGGAAGUUUGUGGCAAUUGUAUUAUGAAUGCAAGCAAACCGAUGAGCAACAAAGAUUGAACUGCAUGUUGUAUAUGUUUCGAAUGAAGGAAAUAAAGGCAGAGGAUGAAGUUCAUACAACUGGAAAUGCAGUGAAAAACACACAAGAUUGAUUUAACAUGUAAUUAACUAUGGCUGAAAUGUUCAGUUAUCUGUGGCCAAUGUUUUUAUGUUGCUAACAAUGAGCUCUAACAGUUUUUAUGUCUUAUCAAUUUUUUGUGAUGUGAAGGAGAAUGCCAAUUUAAGUAUUUUUCAAAUGCCAAAAUAAAGGAAGACAAAAGCA